AAAAGAACACAGCGCAACAUUGAAGUCUCUUCCAGGUUGAAACCAGGAGAUUGGAUCCUGAUAAAAGUGCUCCAGAGGAAAAACUGGAGCUCCCCGAGGUGGGAAGGACCCUACCAAGUCCUCCUGGCCACACCAACAGCCUGCAAAAUUGCUGAACGACCUUCCUGGAUUCAUCAGAGCCACUGUAAAAAAGUGAGUGACAGCCCAUAAACACUGAGACGCCAGCACCCCUGCCUGUUAGUGAUCUGGGAGGUGGAGAGAGGGCUGUUUGGGUAAAUCCCGCCCUUGUUCUUCUCGCCCCUAGUCUACUCACUCACAGGACCAGGUGUGUUCGGUCAUCAUGAAGACCAUACUCGUUCUAAUGGCCAGUGUCACAAUUCUGUUGGGACUGCUGUUACUGAUUCCACAAGAAGAACGACAGCACCACCUGGAGACAAGACUGACACAUGACACAAUACAUCCAGACGACAUGACGCAAGAUCACAACCACCCAUGGAUGAACAAUGCCUGGUACCGUUAUGUGUACAACUCCACAAGAGACAAAAACUGUUACAUCUGUUCACACAUGCCUCUCACUGCAAAACACUUGACCCUGUACGGCACACCCGCACCACUAAAUGAAGGACUGUGCAUAUAUGGGAAAGCUGCCCGCGGACAUUGUAAUAACCAAACAAUGAGAAAAUUGGAGAAGUGGAUAUGUCUGGGAGACCCUAACGUCCAGAACAUCAACGUGACCGCAACAGUAGGACAAGAAGACCCGACCUAUCUGAUGGACCUAUGCACUAAUAUCACCAACACGUCAGAGCCUAACAGGUACACGUACGCCUGUGAGGACAAACACUGGGUGAAUAUGUCACUCAGCACCCCAAACAUCACUGUGCUGGCUGUGGUGACCACGUACACUUUUCCCUUAUGUGUCAUGUUUGUCAACAUCACCAAAGGAGCAACUCACUACAGCCUAUCUGGCACAUGCCAAUAUACCCUGACAGUACCAACUCGUACAAAGAAGCUCUACUGGGUCGAGGGGACCGGCUGGUGGUGUCAAGGAUAUGCCAACCAACCCCAAACAUACCUAGCCGUGCCUGAAAACUACGAAGGACAAUGUGUGCCCCUGAUGCUAAGUGAUCACACCUUCGUGAUAACAGCAGGAGCAGCCCGUGCGCGGACACGCCGGAGACGAACAAUACAACACACGACCCAAUUUGGGGCUCUGACGUCCCAAAGGAAUUCAAGCUUUGGACCACAGGACAAAAGGUCGCCCAUGCCCUUUUCCCAGGGUAGGAGUCGGAAAGCACGCCCUUAG